AUGACCGAAUCGAGUUCAUCCUCUGCUCAAGUGGAGUUGAGUCCAUAUGUGACCAUUCAGCCUCCUCUUUCCCGAUGUGGACACGGUCCAGGGCUGAUCCUCAUACGGCCUGUUUGUUAUGCAACAUGCCAGCAGCAAAACAAGACACUUGACCCAGAGCCUCUCAAGAAAUGGGCUGAGGAAAGCUUUACAGUAGCACAGAUCACUGUGGAUGAAAAGUCUGCCAUUGACGUCUCAUCUCUACGAGAGCUUCUUCAAGAAGCUGAACGUGGCCUAACAGAGAGGCCAGAAUGCGAUACGAAGGAAAAGCUUGGAUUGAUAGUCUAUGGAUCAAAAAAAGACUAUGUUUCUCAAAUCGAGGACAGUCUGCAAGGUGCACUACUUCAAGGCACGGCUCUGAUCGCCGCAGUAUUCUUCGAGUCUUGGAACAUACCCUUCUUCCAGUCAACCCUGUUCCAGUUAUCUAUUCCAAUGGAAGGCGAGAAGAAGGAAGGGCAAACUACACACAUCUACUCAGAUGUGUCAUCUCCAGGCUUCAUGAUCCCAGGCCACCCGGAUUUCAAGAUAUCAACAGCAGGGGUAGCUCAUACUCGGAUUGUCGGAUUUGUUAAAAAGCACAUGGGUGGCCCAUUCUUUGACCUUGAGAAGAUCUGGGAUGAGCACACCUAUUAUGAAUUUGAAGCUCGCUCGGUCGAAAAGACAAUGGCGACGAUGGUCGCAGAACCUUACGUGAAUCAUGUGCCAACUCUGACAGGAGGCAUUGGACGAGCCCGUUUAAGCCACUUUUAUCUCAACCACUUUAUCUUCAACAACCCCGACGAUACAGCUUUAGAGCUUAUUAGUCGGACAGUCGGCACUGAUCGAAUUGUGGACGAGUUUAUAUUUGUCUUCACUCAUGUGAAGCAGAUGGACUGGAUGAUCCCCGGUAUCCCUCCUACCGGCAAGCACGUGCGCGUUCCGUUCACAUCUGUAGUCAACAUUCGCGGAGAUCGCUUGUUCCAUGAACAUAUUGCAUGGGACCAAGCAACAGUUCUUGUGCAGCUGGGUCUGUUGCCCGAGUAUCUACCCUUUCCAUAUGCACUGCCCGACGGAUCUGUGCCAGCGCACGGGAAACGAUUCGAGUACCGUGUGCCAGCAGCGGGCGCUGAAAGUGCCGCCAAACUCCAGGAUGAGCAUGAAGUGCCUUCUAACCAGAUGUUCGAGUAUAAGAUUCGCGAGGUCGAUGGUUGA